AUGGCAUCCGCCAACGAAAGCUUCGUCUACACCGCCAAGCUCGCCGAACAAGCCGAACGCUACGAAGAAAUGGUUGAAGCGAUGAAGAAAGUUGCUAAGCUUGACGUUGAAUUGACGGUUGAAGAGCGUAAUCUUCUGUCUGUUGCUUAUAAGAAUGUUGUGGGAGGACGUAGGGCCUCGUGGAGGAUUCUUUCGUCGAUUGAACAAAGAGAGGAAACGAAAGGUAACGAUGUGAAUGUGAAUCGGAUUAGGGAGUAUAGAAAAAAAGUUGAAUCUGAGUUGUCUGAUAUCUGCACUGAUGUCAUGGCUGUGAUUGAUGAGCAUCUUAUUCCUAAUUCGUCUGGUGAAGCAAAUGUGUUUUACUACAAAAUGAAAGGUGACUAUUAUCGUUAUCUGGCUGAGUUUAAGAGUGGGGAUGACAGGAAAGAGGCUGCUGAUCAGUCCUUGAAAGCAUAUCAGGAAGCUUCCACUGCUGCAGAGACCGAGUUACCUCCGACUCAUCCUGUCAGACUGGGUUUGGCUUUGAACUUCUCUGUCUUCUAUUAUGAAAUCUUGAACUCUCCUGAAAGGGCCUGUCACCUUGCCAAGCAAGCAUUUGAUGUAGCCAUUGCUGAGUUGGAUUCUCUCAAUGAGGAAUCUUACAAAGACAGCACGCUGAUCAUGCAGCUUCUGAGGGACAACCUGACACUGUGGACUUCUGACAUUCCUGAGGAAGGAGUUGAGGAACAAAAGCCGGAGUCUGCCCGAGCUCCUGUAGGAGAUAAUGCAUAG